AUGGCACCAGUCAAAAAGAAACCAGAAGCCACGAAUAAUCGUACUCAUAAUCCCACCUCAUUUUUUUGGUCCACCAGAGGAGGAAGGAAUUUGCUGGUUUUGUGGAGGGAAUGGAAUGGGAAGGGAAGGGAAAUACAGGGUGAUUUUCUGUUUGAGGAUGAAGAGGAUACUCAAUCUAUCGCUCUCCAAGUAAAAACCGUCUUUACUCAACUUGAAGCUUUCCGUUUUGUUACUAUAGCUGCUUAUAUUCUGAGAAGAGUGCAUGCUGCAGUUGAAGCUGAUGGUGAUGAUGAUGAUGAUGGUGAUGAUGGAGAAGAUCGAGAUCAAUUCUCAAGUGCGGAAGAUUUAAGGGAGUUGAGAGUGGGUAUGGGAUUUUAUUUAGGUAAGAUUAUAAUUUCCAGGCUGAGUUUAGAUGCUACUCGAGAAUAG